AUGAGUGCAUUUAUGUCUGAAACAUUUAUCAGAUCAGAGAAGGAUCGAGUCUCUGCUAGAUCGUCUCGUAUUGUUGGCGGUGAGGUUACCACCGUCGAGAACUAUCCGAGCAUCGUGCAGUUUGAUUCCAGAAACUCCGUUACCGAAGUGUUUCAACAAAUUUGCGCAGGCUCAAUUAUCACGAAUUUACAUGUUCUUACAGCUGGCACAUGUCUGCGUCCAAGGUCUUAUGAUCCUAGACUUCAACGCAUUAGAGCUGGAGCGACUUCCCGAAAUGCCGGUGGCGUGAUUCACUAUAUUGAUAGCCUUGUCAUUCAUCCCUACUUCCUUGAGAGCUCUUACUCCAGUAAUAUAGGUAUAGCUAGGUUGGCUACUUCACUAAUUUUUACUCCUGCUGUCCAACGCACCGCUAUUCCAACGCUGGGAACAGUAAUUCCAGACGGUCUGCCCGUUACACAAGUUGGUUGGGGUAGAACUCAGUUUAUGGGUGAAUUUUCCAAUGCCCUACGUUAUGUUGACGUCUUAACAGUGAACUUCGAACGUUGCGCUGAACUUUAUAGAGGAAAUUAUGACUGGCCUGAUUUGCGGUUUAUUGGAGAUUUGAUUUGCACUGGUCUUCUCAAUGUGGAUGGUAAAGGAUCCUGUUUCGGUGAUCAUGGUGGUCCAUUAUUUUAUGGAAAUGUGACAAUUGGAGUAAUAUACGGAGGGGAAGAUUGUGGAAACAGUAAUUACCCAGCCCUAAACACUAAUAUCGCACUGUAUACUGACUGGAUCGUGGCCAAUGCUGUUUAAAUGUCUUAUUAGUAAAUAUUUUAAGUCACUGUUCUUAUAACUUAUAAACAAUAUGUUUAUAUAAGUUAUGAAAUAUAUGAAAAAAUCUUUCACUAUAAAAUCACUUUAAAAUAUUCUUUAAUUAAUAACAACGCAAACAAUUAUAGUGGAUAUAGGAUAUGGUAUAUUUUUGAUUACGUUUUGAAAUAAAAAUAAAGAUAAUGUUUGGA